CUUCAAGCUCAUGAAGAAAAACUCAAGAAGAGAAUAAAGCAAGAGCCAUUGGAGCAAGCCCUUCAAACCAAGCUCACCUUAAAAAAUAAAGAGAUUUUUCAAGAGGGAAGAAGUCAAAGUUCAAGAGGGCGCGGUCGAAGCCAAGACUAUGGAAGAGGAGGUUAUAAAACUUUCAACAAAGAAGAGAGAAGUCCACAUUUCUAUCAAUCAAGAGGCCGUGGAAGAGGAGCUUUUUCAAGACCAAGAUUGGCAAAAAAUAAAGUUGAGGAGCGAACAAAUCUAGCCAAAGAAGAAGAAGAAAAUUCAACAUUGUUGAUGGCCCAUAAAGGAGGAGAAAGUGACACCAAAACGACAUGGUACUUAGAUACGGGAGCAAGCAACCACAUGUGCGGGAAGAAAGAUAUGUUUGUCGGGUUUGAUGAAUCGGAUGUUUAUUUGGAAAGCAACCAAGAAAAAUGCCAUGGGGGAAGUUGAAAGGUACAAAGCAAGGUUGGUUGCAAAAGGGUACAACCAAAGAGUCAGUAUCGACUAUGAAGAGCCGGUAUAUGGAAGAUCCAAGAACCUCUCAUUGGAAGGCCGCCAAGAAAAUUCUUCGCUACAUCAAAGGAACAGAGUAUGAGUCCUCGAUCACGCCAUCACUUAUUUUCCGUGGAAUGCCACUAUCGAUACCUUGCGACCGAUUAUUCUUUCUCAAGAUUAACAGAAUGCCCUCCUUCGGUCUCAACACUCCACACCGGUAUAUCAAGACUUAGCUGGGUCGGGCGUUGCUUUUCAACCUCCUGAUCGUGGCUGUUUAGCUCGAGGGGGUGGCGGUCAGAGAGGUGGUGGCUAAGGUUAUCGUGAAGGACACGCUCAUGGUAAUCGUGGCAGGGGCCAUGCAUGUACAUGGGACCCAUAAUGCAACAAUAGUGUUUGGAGGACAUACAACUUACAACCAGUAUCCAGUGCCGCACGGACAGACGUUCCAUGGUCAGGGGCAGCAAGGCAUGGCUCUAACUGGGGCUCCAGAUGUAUGGCGUCAAAGUUGUGAUGACGACGACGUUGCACGAAGGUGGAGUGGUGGUGCACCAGAGAUGGUGGAGGACGGUGACGACGACAAAUUGCAACGCUGGUUGGGCGACACCACUCGGCAGCGAUGGAUGGUGGAACUAGGGAGGGGUUAAUUCGGUGGUUGAACAUUGCAUGAUGUUUGCCUGUUUUUUCCGGAAACUGCCGUCUAAACUAAUUAAUUAAAAACCAAUUAAUUAUGCUUCCAGGAUAAAAUCGGUAAUAAUCUUAUCUCAUAGAGAUCCAAGAAGCAACCAACGGUCUCCAAAUCGUGCACAAAGGCGGAAUAUUGUGCCAUUGCCUAUACUAUCCAGGACACUAUUUUCAUUCGCUCCUUGGUUGCUGACAUGGGAAUCUUUAUCUCUACUCCAAUUCAAUUACAUUGUGAUAAUGUCUUUGCUUCUUAUUUGAUUGUCAAUCCAACACAACAUGAUCGAAACAAACAUGUCAAGAUUAAUUAUCAUUUUGUUCGUGAAGGUGUGGUCCAUGAGAAUCCCAUUGUCAAAUAUGUUCCUACACAGUUUCAACUUGAAGAUAUUUUUACUAAGAAUUUAUGUAGCCAACAUUUUGAGUUUUGAGAUUCAAUCUGCACAUUGUUUCUCCCGUACAGAUUCAGGGAUGUAAUAAUACAUAGUUGUAGGACAUAUUUGUAAUUCCACAAACCUCUAUUAUAAAUAUAAGGUUGAGGCUUCCUGUGGG